CAGCACUCAUUGUAUUUUCCAGACUGCCCAUGACAGGUUGGGAAGGGGAGGGAGCUGUCAUGUGUUUUCAGAUAGUGACCUUAGUCAGUGAAUGGCUUUUGAGCAGAGCAAUAAGUUCAGCUUUGCUUGUAAAAUAGUCAGUGGCUGUUUGGCAUCCUUGACACCAAAGUGAUAAAAGAGGAAGUAAAGAAGAAGAAGCUAUUUAGCAACUCAUGAGAAAAGAACAUAUUGGACGUGUUCAAGGAGUAAUAUAGCAUCACACUGCAUUCCCAACAUCAGAGGAAAAGCAACAAUCUGAAUCUCUCAACCCUUUGGUGUUACCAACAAUGGCAUUCCAUGGUAGAACUGUCUCUUUUUUCUUCUCAAUCUGUGUGGCAAACUUCAUAACACAAGAUGUAAUUCUUCUGAAAAAUAUUUACAUGACCAACUGCAGAAUUGCAGGUGUAGCGCUUGUUGCAGCCAAGAAUGGAACCAAUUUUAAUUUUGCUGAAGCAAAAACAGUUUGUAGGCAGCUGGGAUUAACACUAGCACAAAAAUCCAAGAUUGAAGCUGCUUGGAAGCAUGGCUUUGAAACUUGCAGUUUUGGCUGGGUAGCAGAAGGCUAUGCUGUAAUUUCUCGUGUAACUCCAAAUGAAAAAUGCGGUCAGAAUAAAACUGGGAUUUCCAGCUGGAGAAUGAAACUAGACAGGAAAGCUCGUGUUUAUUGUUAUAAUUCUUCAGAUACGUGGAUUAAUUCAUGCAUCCCGGAACAAAGCACAGUUGCAUUACCAGACAGUUCCACUGAGAUGAAAUCCACCGUAACAGCCUCAUUUCAGGAUACCACCAGAGGGUUUGACACAACUCCGUUACUAAAAACUCCAAAGUCCCCAAAGUAUCGCAUCAUAUGUGUAACAGAAACUUUACCAUCCGAACCAACUCCCGAGAAGGAAAAUCGGCUUUUCACUGAAAAACGAACUGCCUUUAAAAAUGAGGGUGUCCCAUUUGGAGCUGUACCUAUUGUGCUUCUGGUUCUUGCCCUCUUCUUCUGUGCAGCAGCAAUGGUUUUAGCUGUCUGCUAUAUCAAAAAAUACAAGAAAACAUCUCUAUUUUCAAGCAAAGGGAAGAAAGAUGAAAUAGAAACCAAGAACAUCAAAGAACUAAAUGCAAAAAACCAACCUCCAGAGCAGGGCCUAAAGAAUGGGAAAAAGGAAGAAGUGGAAGUCAAGUCUGAACCGCCAGUAAAAUGUUUGGAAGCCGAAGUUUAAGACAGAGCCAUCUCAAUGAACAGAUGCCACAUGAACAAAUGGCAUAAAUCAAUUAACAGUUUAUGAAUUGAUAAUUGUAUGUGUUGCCAAAGUCAGUGUUAGGUGUGUAAUACAAACAUUUCAUACUUCAUAUGUUAGCUUAUACAUUGUCAGUAUAGGAAUGAUCUUCCUUUCAGUAAUAUCUAUACAGCUCAUAUUUCCAGUUUUGUAACAAGCCUUUUUAGGGAGGAAGCGACAAUAUCUUUCCAAAACAUGAAUUCAGACAUGCAACUCAAUCAAACAAAAACGGAUUUUUUUUUAUUAUACAAAGGAUUUUAUGGAGAAACUUGAAUUGCGAACUAGAUUUAACAGAGAAACUGUUCCUGUAUUUUUCAAAGGAUGGUAACUUUAAAGUAUAUCUUUACUGAAAGGUCAUCACAGAAGUUCAAAAGCAUAGAGUGAUGGAAAAGAACAAAGGGAAAUGUCUGAUUCACAUGCAGAUGAAUCCAGCACAAAUUGUUACAUAACCAUAAAACAUUGUUUCUUGUGAUUCCAGUUUGUGUCUCUUCCUGCCUUCUUUCCAGAAAUCUAACAAAUCACACACUAUUAAUUUUAAAUAUGAGAAAAAGAUUUAAAAACGAGAGCAAUAAAAUCUAUUAAUUAUAUUUCUUUUUUCCAUGCAUGCCAUAGUCAAAUUUAUUUCAAAAAUAUUUAACAGCCCAAUCAUAUGCAUGUUUACUUAGAAAUAUAUUCAAUUUUAUUUCUUGAACUUACUAUCUAGUAUGUUCAACACUGCUAUAUAAAAUUUCUAAAUUAAGUAUUGUGGCUGUCACCAUAAUAUACAUGUAAAUAUAUUUAUCAGGAUUUCAUUGAAAUAAAAAUUGCAUAAUUAUUUAAUACUGUAAAUAGAUACAAAAAUUCACAUAUAUACUCAUCUUUUUCAACAACUGAAUUUGUUCACAAUUGCUUUCCAAUGAUGGACAGAUUCAUUUGAAAAACUAUAGAAAUAUAUUUCAUAUUAUAUGGAGAACUUCUAGAAAUACAUAUAACACCACUUUCAUGCUUUUAACUACGUGUUUUUACAAAUCAUUUCAUUCUUAUAUUACAAGUAUAUUUAUUUCAAGUACUGUAAGUACAGUGGAGUUCGAUAAGACUUACUCUCUAAAUUAGUGUUUUAGGAUUUUAGGUUUAAAAAGCCUAAAUGUUACUGCUUUAGAUGGGCCAUACUUAUUGAAUUGGAUUUGGAUAUUUGUGAAACAUGAGAUGAAUAUGAAUUUCUUGGCUAUGCUUACCCAAGAAAUCCAUAGGUACCUGGCCUAUAGGGGAUAUAUUACAGGGACUGUGCUGCUAACAUUCCUUUUUAUGUAGCCCCAUCAAAAUGUUGUUUAUUUCUUUUACAUUAUUUACUAAAUCUCUGAAUCUAAAUGAGUAACCAGGGCUAGUAGUCAGAAUUUGUCUGAAAGAAAAAAUGCUUAUUGCAAUCCAAUAUGCUUUAACACAUUUGCUCGGAAAAAAUCAUAGGUUGAAAAUGGAGCAAUUAAAGAAAUAGUUAUUGGUUCAGAUAAAUAAUUCUUCAUGCCAUGUUAAAUAAUUAGCUUAAAUAAUCAAUGGUUAGAUUCUAUUUUUUUUGCCAGGAAAGGAACAGUUCCACACAUUUGUGAGCCAUGUUGAAAUGAAUUAAAUGCUUUCUAUGAUAAAAGACCAGAAAAGAA